UCGGGUUAAGGCUGCGCUUGCGCAUGCAGACCACAACUUAAACUUUAAAAUUAUCUUAACACAUUUUAGUUUCAUCAAAUGCUUAUUUAAUCUUACGAAAUAUGUUUAAUAGUGUCAUUAUUGAGUGUUUUCAUGUGUUUUAUUUCCAAUAAUUCGUUGGAAUACACGACUAUUUGUACAUAUAGUGCCUAUGUAAUGCGGUAACGAAACAUAUUUUUUUGUUUGUCGGAGUGUAAUAAGCGUGUUCGAAACCAAGAAAUGGGUUUAUAAUUGGCCUAAAUCAAAGGCCGUGAUGGUACGGUUUAAAGAUGUCGCAGCGAGAUUUUUCUGAGGUAGAGCCAACCGGCUCUGCGUCUCUGGGGGCGGCCUCCAGAGCUCUCUUUGUUGAAAAAGUACGCGCCUCUAACGCGGCAUGCCAAGCUGGCGACUUCUCAACAGCUGUUGCACUAUACACUGAUGCGUUGACACUAGACCCCGCCAACCACAUUCUAUAUAGUAACAGGUCUGCAGCUCGUUUGAAGCAAGGUCAGUUUGCAGCGGCACUGCAAGAUGCGACACGAGCGCGAGAGCUGUGUCCUAACUGGCCGAAGGCUUACUACAGACAAGGUGUUGCUCUACAAUGCCUGGGUCGUCAUGGGGAGGCGCUGGCCGCGUUCAGCUCGGGACUGGGUGUGGAGCCUACAUCAAGGCAGCUGCUCGCCGCACUGGUGGAAGCCUCCCUUAAAUCCCCUCUGCGGGUCACACUGGAACCUACCUUCAGGCAGCUGGAGGCUAUGAAGUUAGAUCAAUCGCCAUUCGUAUUAAUUUCGGUGGUGGGACAAGAACUGCUGGCCGCUGGACAGUACCAGGCUGCGGUGACCGUACUGGAAGCGGCGCUCAGGAUAGGGUCAUGUUCCCUAAAACUAAGGGGUUCAGUAUUCAGCGCGUUAUCAUCAGCUCAUUGGGCGCUCAGUCAAUUAGACGCCGCUAUCAACUACAUGCAACAAGACCUGGCUGUUGCUAAAUCCCUAGGAGAUACAGCAGGCGAGUGCCGCGCGCACGGCAACUUGGGCGCGGCUUACUUCAGCCAAGGGUCAUACAAGGACGCGUUGACUGCGCAUAGGUACCAACUUGUGUUGGCUAUGAAAUGCAAGGACACACAAGCCGCUGCAGCAGCGCUCACCUCGUUAGGGCACGUUUACACUGCAAUAGGAGACUACCCAAACGCGCUAGCCAGCCACAAACAGUGCGUACAACUGGUGAAGCAAAUGGGCGAUAGACUUCAAGAGGCAAGGGAGAUUGGAAAUGUAGGCGCCGUGUACCUCGCCAUGGGAGAGUUCGACUCGGCUGUGGAUUGUCAUACGCAGCAUCUAAGAUUGGCCAGGCGACUCGGAGACCAGGUGGAAGAAGCGAGAGCGUAUUCAAAUCUAGGAUCAUCAUAUCACUACAGACGCAACUUUUCUCAAGCGAUCGCAUAUCAUGAAAAUGUUUUACGAAUAGCACAGAAUCUCGGUGAUCGAGCUAUAGAAGCUAGAGCUUACGCUGGAUUAGGACAUGCAGCAAGAUGUGCCGGUGAUUACGCGCAAGCAAAGAAAUGGCACGAGAGACAACUGGAUGUCGCAUUAGCAGCUAGAGACAAGGUCGGCGAGGGACGAGCUUGUUCCAAUUUGGGCAUAGUCUACCAGUUGCUGGGGGAGCAUGAUGCGGCUCUCAAACUGCACCAAGCGCAUCUGUCCAUUGCAAGACAAUUGCAGGAUAAAGCAGGAAUGGGUCGUGCGUACGGUAAUAUCGGCAACGCGUACUCCGCGGCGGGCUUCUACGAGCAGGCCAUCAAAUACCAUAAGCAGGAGCUGACCAUCUCUAAGGAGGUGCAUGACCGCAGCUCGGAGGCGUCCACACACGGCAACCUCGCCGUCGCAUACCAAGCGCUCGGCGCACACGAUAUGGCAUUAUUCCAUUAUAGAGCACAUUUAGGCAUUGCUCGUGAACUAAAAGACGCGGCAGGCGAGGCGUGCGCGCUCCUCAACUUGGGCAACUGCUUGUCCUCGCGCGGGGAGUUCGCUCAAGCCGUGCCGUACUACGAGCAGCAUCUCAUGCUGUCACAGGAGCUCGGUGACGUCACCGCAGAGGCUAAAGCCUGUCAUUUCUUAGGAUAUGCUCAUUACUGCUUGGGCAAUUAUAGAGAAGCUGUCAGGUACUAUGAUCAAGAUUUAUCCCUGGCUAAAGAUUUACAAGACAAAAUGAACAUGGGCAGAGCGUAUUGCAACCUUGGUCUCGCACAUUUGGCACUGGGCAAUUUGGAGACGGCAUUAGAAUGCCAGAAGUAUUUCUUAGCGAUAGCGCACAUGACGCAGCAUCUGCAAGGCAAGUUCAGAGCGCUCGGUAAUAUUGGCGAUGUGCUCAUUAAGAUGGGAGAUGUCGAAGAAGCAGUGAAGAUGUAUCAACGCCAGUUGAGAUUCGCUAGAGAGGCUCGGGACCGAUCUCUAGAGGCAGCGGCCUGCGGAGCAUUGGGUCUCGCGCGACGACUGCAAAGAAGAUUGGACGCAGCUCUAGGACAUCAUACUCAGGAGUUGACGCUGCGUCAGGAGGCGGGCGACGCGGCGGGCGAGGCGCGGGCGCACUCGCACCUCGGCGCCGUGCACAUGGCGCUCGGCCACUACUCACACGCCGCUAGGUGUUAUAGGGAGCAACUUGAGCGAGCACAAGAGUUACAAGAUUGCGCUCUGGAGGCGCAGGCGUACGGCAAUCUCGGCAUCGCCAAGCUCAAUAUGGGACAUUACGAAGAUGCUAUCGGAUAUUUAGAACAGCAACUUGCUAUCCUGGAGCGCGUGAACAGUCCGACCUGUCAAGUGGACAAGGCGCGCGCGCUGGGCUCGCUGGGCGACUGCUACGACGCGCUCGCCGACCCCGACGAGGCCCUCAAGUACCACGAGCAGCACCUCGCAGCUGCACUCAAGCUGGACAAUGCAAGAGAACAGGAGCGUGCCUACCGCGGACUGGGCCUCAGCCAUAAAUCCGUGGGCAACCUGCAGCAGGCGCUGGUGUGCCUGGAGAAGCGGCUGGUGGUGUCGCACGAGCUGGGCGCGGCGGACGCGAAGGCGCAGGCGUACGGCGAGCUGGGCGCGCUGCACAUCGCGCUAGGCAACCUCGACCAGGCCCUCUCCUGCCUCGAGCACCAGAAGAAUAUCGCCAAGGAGCUGAACAACCAGAUAAUGGAGGCGGAGGCGUGGCACGCGCUGGGCGUGGCGCAGCAGGCGCGCGGCGAGCACGCAGCCGCUGUGCGCCAUCACCGCGCGGAGCUCGAGCUCGCGCACCGCCUCGGACUUACACAUCUACAGGCGCGUGCUUGUGGCGGAUUGGGCACAGCACAUGCGUCAUUGGGCGCACAUGCAGAAGCCGCGCGAUGGCAUGAAUCACGUCUGCGUCACGCCACAGCUGCUGGAGACACAAGAGGACGUGCGAACGCGUUAGCCGAUUUAGGGAGAUCCCAUUUAGCGAUGGGCGCGUGUGGCAGCGCCGUGUCUUAUUUGAGACAGGCAUUAGCAGCUACAGAAGGAUUAUCAGAUGCUGAUGAAGAGGCGAAAGUCCGUCAUCGCCUGGGUUUCGCGCUGUGGGCGUCGGGCGAGCUGGAGGAGGCGCGCGAGCAGCUGGCGGCGGCGCUGGCGGGGCUGGAGGCCGGCUCCCGCCACCGCGACCGCACCGCCGCGCCGCUCUACACCUCCACGCACCACGCGCUGCAGCGCGUACUUGUCGAGCUGGGCCGUCACCCCGAGGCGCUGGUGGUGGCGGAGCGCGGGCGCUGCCGCUCUCUGGACGUGCUGGCGGACAAGCAGCCCGGCACGCUCAACCAGGCCAACCUCGAACUGCACACGGCACAAAGAAAUAUGUCAGAAGAAGCUAGCAAAGAGAGACCAGAGCUGUGGAGUCCGAGCAACAUGGAGCAGAUUCUGGAGGUUGUAAAUAAACAAAAGGCGCCCGUACUGUACUACAGCCUGGCUGCCGGGAAACUAUACGCGUGGCUGCUGCAGCCGCACAAGGGUAUUCUUCGAUUCCAUCAAGUGUCACUUCUAGACCAGAACGAGGACAGCGAUAACAGCCUUCCUGAUAUCAGCCCUGAUGACCUGCAGCCCAGCGCAGCUUCCUUGGGCAAAUUGGAGCGAUACAUUAGCGAGUGGUCCGCCUGGCUGAAGACUGCUGAGCGCAGGAAUGAAGAGGAUCAGUGGGAGCUUGACGAGAGACCUAACGCGGGACUUGCUAGAAUGGUGUCACGCAAUCACUUAUUGAACUCUUCCAACUACUCUCUGAGUUCUCUAUUCAGUGUGGGUUCAGUCGGAGGCUCGGUCGCCGGUUCCGUAGCCAGUCUACAGGGAUCUACAAGGUCAAGCGCACAUGGGCCCCGUAAGAAGCAAGCAGCGUGGCAAGGCCCGCCCUGCCUCAACAUGCUCUACCAGAUGCUGAUAGCGCCCUUCGAGGACCUUCUGCCGGCCUCCUGCAACAACAACCAUGCGAUGCACGGGCGGCGCGGCUGCGGCGGUCGGCGCGAGCUGGUGGUGGGCGUGGAGGGCGCGCUGUACGCGUGCCCGUGGGGCGCGCUGCGGGCGGCCGGCGACGCGGAGCCGCUGUGCGAGCGCUACGCGCUUCUCGCCGCGCCCGCGCUGCGCCCGCUGCGCCAGCCGCGCCACGCGCGCGCACGCCUCGACCGGGAACAAGGUACAUCAUCAGGCAACAAUGCGGAAGCCGGCAUGCGCUGCCUGGUGGUGGGCGGCGCGCGCGUGUGCGGCUCGCGCUGGGCGGCGGCGCACGCGCAGCUCAAAGAGGCCGAGCUCGUCGCUGACAUGCUGCGCGUCACGCCGCUCACUGACUACCAGGCUUCUAAAGAGGCAGUGCUAGCACAACUGUCUCAAGCUGAGUGCGUACACUUUGCUACACAUGUCUGCUGGAAAACGCCAGCCAUCAUACUCAGUCCUGGCGAAGUUGUUGAUUCUCAAGCGAAACGUCUUUUGAAUACAAGUGUGGGCAGUGGAGCUGCCGACACAUCAACAGAAAAUGAAGAAGAAAAUGCUGAAUUGCCACCCAGCAAUGAAGAGCUGCCACCUGCUUCAGAGUUUAUGUUGACUGCUUCGGAGAUUAUGAAUAUGAAAAUAACGGCACGAUUGGUGGUGAUAUCGUGCGCGCCGUCCAGCGCGGGGCUGGCGGAGGGCGCGGAGGGUGCGGAGGGCGCGGCGGCGGUGUCCUCGCUGGGCGCGGGCGUGUCGCGGCUGUGUCGCGCGCUGUUGGCGGCGGGCGCGCACGCCGUGCUGCUGGCGCUGUGGCCCGCGCCGCAGGACACCGCCACCAAGAUACUAUACCGAGCGUUGUACUCUGCACUGCUGCAGGGCAGUCGUGUGGCUAAGGCAUUGGGUGAUGCGAUGCAGACGGUGCGGCACACGAAGCACUUCGCGCACCCGGCGCACUGGGCGGGGCUGGCGCUGCUCGGCGCCAACGUGCGCCUCAGCAACAAGGUCGCGCUCAUGGGGCAGGCGCUCUGCGAGCUGCUCGCCGCGCCAGACAAGUGCCGGGACGCACUCCGCGUGUGCCUGCAUUUAGUGGAGAAGUCUCUGCAGCGGAUAGUACGGGGGCAGAAAAACGCGAUGUACACGACACAGAAGAGCAUCGAGAACAAGGCGGGCGCCGCCGCCGGCUGGCGCGAGCUGCUCAUGAGCGUUGGCUUCAGGUUCGAACCAGCAGCGAACGGUAUACCGUCAAGCGUAUUCUUCCCUCAAAGUGACCCCGAAGAAAGAUUGACUCAAUGUUCCGCCAGCUUGCAAGCUUUACUUGGUUUGACACCCACUACAUUGCAAGCACUCUCAAAACUGAUAUCAAACGGAGAUGUAGCAGAUGAGAUUAUUGGUGUCAUCCGCUCCGUCAUAUCUCAGUUCUCCGUUAAGAACUCCGAAGGCGACACCAUCGAAGUUGCAGUCAACGUUAGACUCUGGCGAGUAAACGGCUGCCACGAAUUAUUGGCAUCAUUAGGAUUCGACCUGGCAGAAGUAGGACAAGACGAAGUAACACUUCGCACAGGCAAAUUGGCAAAUAGAAGGCACAUACAAUUCGUCUUGCAAGCUUUGUUAGCCCUCUUUGAUACCCAAGAAGCUCCACGAAGUCUAAGCUUGGAGUCUAGCUCAAGCGUGGAAUCUCUAGCGUCUAUCGAUGACGGUGACCUGGAGCCCCACUCAGAUGGCGAACCACCGCCCCGACAACAUCGACAAGAAAGCGUAUCUUCAGUGCCACCACCGCCUUUACCUUUGGGAUCUUGCGGUGGUGCUUUCACAAUGUACGUACGUGGCUCAACGUCCAACACUGAAGUGGGCCGCGGGGAGCCUGACGGCAGAACUGCCCCGCCCCCCGCGCCGCCGCCGCCCCGCUACCGCGGUGAGAGCGAUGCUGCCUUCACGCCGUCGCCACCUGCCGCAGCCCCCUCCACGUCGACAGCGCCGCAAAGAGACGUAUCACUGGCCCUCGCUCACCAGACUAAGAUCAGAACUCUUUACACUAGAAGACCUCCGUCGACCGACGACUCGGACUGGGAAAGUUCCGGCCACGACACCGUGCUACGCAGACGGCCUGAACAUUCCCACACGAGGUAUUUAGAUGCAUUUUACGAUUUAGCGUCUGCCCAACCUAGACGAACUGAGGAAGAAAAGCCCGAUCCAGCACUAAAUCAGCCCUCAACAUCGAAAAGAGCCACUCGAAGCAAAAUGGGUUCAAGCAGUAGAGAUUCGAUGGCCCAAGUUCGUCAUAUGAGUGGAGAACUUACACCGACUAUUUCCGAAGUAUACCAUGAGAGGAAUAUUGGAUUGGGUCUUGCACCACCUUUAGCCGAGUUGCUUUUAGCAGAGGAAUCGAAAACAGAAAUGCGAGCGGCAAGUUCCAGCGAAAACCUACUCCUGCAGAACUUAGAAAAACUGGGACUACUAGGUGACACCAGUGAAAAUGAGGAAAGGUGGUGCAGUAGUAAUACUUCAAGACCUUGGCUUUCAGCGCCACCCCUAGAAACCGACGUGCAAGGAUCAGACCUUACAACGGCCGAAAUUAUAGAACGCCAGGCGAAGUUCAAGAAAGACGAACCUAAAAGAAAAGAAGAGAACGCUUACGAAUUGAAACCAAAAGAAGAAACUCCUGGACCAAGCGGAAUAGAGAAAAGAUCGGUGUCCCCAUUUUCUGAAUUAUCACGAAGAGAUGAAGGAGAUGGAAGGAGUAUUGCGGAUUCACAUUCAUCGUAUAAGGCAUUAGUUUUAAACCCAAGAACGCCUUAUUUGCCUGAGGAAGGCGAGGCGGUAGCACUGAAACCGGUUGCUGAAGGUGGAAAGACCCACCCAAGACCUCGUAGACCGCCGGUGCCACGCACAAGACCGGCAUACACCACGCUAGACUUUCCACCUAACAAAUGAUUAACGAAAUUCGUAAUAAACAUAGGUUUUUAUAUGUAUAUUCCUAUUUUAUGCUGUAUUAUUAGAACAAGGCUAUGACUAAUAAGUUGUAUAAACGAUAUGCUUAUAAUUUUUGAUUUUACAUACGAUUUCGGUGGUACGGCUUUAUUUAUGUAAUAAGCAACUAUAUAGAAAAAUUAGGCAUAUAAAUAACAUUUAAAUUAUUAAACGUUUACUUAAAACAAUACGUAUUCCUUUAAAACUGAGAUAAUUUUGAUAUAGGUAAUUUUAGAAUUAUUAAGUUUUAUUUUGUAAUUAUUAUUUGUAAUGUAAUAAUUUAUUUCGAGCUGUAUCAUAUAUCUGAGCUUUGUGAUGACAUAACUUUAAUGAGAUUUACUCUUGCCAUAGUUUGUAUUUACUUU